AAAAUGGACAACUAAAAUGGGAAGUUCUCCAUCACCUCUUACACUCUUGCUCACACGCAGAUAAAAACAUGCGAAGCCUAGUGGGCGCAUCGCAACUCUUGAACCGAUCCUCUACUCUUUUCCUCUUUCGAGGCCCUAAGUCUCAUUCUCAAUAUCUCCAUUUUGGCAAAACAUCAUCUUCUCUUCGAGGCUUGGCCACUAUGGCUGCUGCUGCUGCUGAGGAAUUUGUCAAGGGAAAUGUUCAUCCAAAUGGCGUUGCUGUGAUAACUCUUGAUCGCCCCAAGGCUCUCAAUGCUAUGAACCUAGAUAUGGAUAUAAGAUACAAAAAAUUUCUUGAUGAAUGGGAAAUGGACCCAAUGGUCAAAUGUGUUUUGGUUGAGGGCAGCUCGUCUCGUGCCUUUUCAGCAGGAAUGGAUAUUAAGGGGGUUGUUGCUGAAAUUCAAAAGGACAAAACUACACCUCUUGUGCAGAAGGUAUUCACAGCAGAAUAUUCCCUAAUAUGCAAAAUUUCUGAGUACAAAAAACCAUAUAUAAGCCUCAUGGAUGGCAUUACAAUGGGUUUUGGAAUUGGACUGUCUGGUCAUGGUCGCUACCGGAUUGUCACAGAGAGAACUCUUCUUGCCAUGCCAGAAAAUGGAAUUGGCUUGUUUCCAGAUGUUGGAUUUGCUUACAUAGCAGCACAGAGUCCAGGAGAAGGAUCAGUUGGUGCUUAUCUUGGAAUGACUGGAAAAAGGAUUUCUACAUCAGCAGAUGCACUAUAUGUAGGUCUUGGAACACACUAUGUGCCAUCUGGGAACUUGAGUUCACUGAAAGAGGCCCUUCUGACAACCAGCUUUUCAGAGGAUCCACAUCAGGACAUCAGAGAGCUGUUGGUGAAAUACAGCCAUGACCCUGAGUCUGAGGCCCAGUUAAAGUUGCUUUUGCCUCAGAUUGUUUCAACCUUCAGUGCAGAUAAGUCAGUUAAUGAGAUUAUAGAAGAGCUGAAAAAGCAUCAGCUUAGCACUGAUGCUAUAGUGUCAGAGUGGGCUAAGGAAGCCCUUUUAGGUCUUGGAAAGGGGGCUCCUUUUUCUCUUUGUUUAACACAAAAGCAUUUCUCCAGAGUUGCUUUGGCACGUGGAAAAAAUGACAGUGAUUUGUGCAGUUUAAGCGGCGUGAUGAAAACUGAAUAUCGCAUUGCUUUGAGGUCUUCUCUUCGGAAUGAUUUUGCUGAAGGGGUCCGGGCAGUCUUAGUGGACAAGGAUCAGAAGCCAAAGUGGAACCCCUCAAGCUUGGAGGAAGUGGAUCUAAAUGAAGUGGAAGCUGUCUUUGAACCAUUAAGCCAGGGAACGGAGGAAUUGAGAGUUUGAGUUGUGUUGGUCAUCCUUUGCGCUUUGAAUAUCACAGACGUUAUUAGUGCUAUUGAAAUAUGUCAUAAACCUGUACAAAAAUAAACUAAUUUGACAAAGGGCAUGCUCCAUUACGUUGUGGUGCUACAUCAAAUUUCUUUUGGUCUUUUCUCAAAGGUGGCGGAUAACUUUGUUAAAAUAAAAGGAAAAACAUCAGCUAAUUUGGCAGAAA